GAGCUACCCAAAUCAGGCUUAGCAAGAUGCUCACAGGAAGUACUGAAUCGGACACGUGGCGAUUCAGCCCCACGACCUAGCUGGCUGCAUUUAGCCGCAAUCCCCAGGAAAGGCUAUAAAACCCGAGUCGACAAGUAUUGGAAAGGAGUUGUUUGUAGCAACAAACCCCCUACCGCAAAAGCAAGAGCAAGCAACCAAGUACCUACCUCCACUGAAAGAAGCAAGCCAAGAUGACAGCAAGGUAUCCUCUUCGAGUCACACAUUUUUUUCUCGGAGUUGUUUGUCUUCUGUUUCUGUUUGAAACAACUGCGGCAACAUCCUAUGGAGGAUCAAGAAUCAACGACACAACAAAAGAAAGCACUACAUGUUCGCCGCAACCUCUGGAGGAGCGCCUCUGGGAGGCACUCAUGUACUUUGGCACCACUAUUGAAACCUUUUCUCGCGGUUUUGGUUUGGGCUUUGGAGGACGAAUGAUGAAAUUUGUGUGGGAGAACAAAGAUGAAAACACGGACAACUUGAUGGAGCGUAUGAAAGUUUGUUCAGUUUCAGGAAUGGCUUUGGCUGCAGUUGUCCAUGGUGCUGCCUUGUUUAUUCCCGCAGAUUGGCGUCUGAAGUGGUUUGGCGCUUGACUCAAAUGAUUUUUCUAAAAGCUUUAGGAAGAGUCAAACUUGUGGAGUGAUAAUGGAUAAUUGCAAAAAAUUGUGUGUCUUGACCGUGUAGGAGAAAAAGUGGACCAAACGGCCCGGUGGUGCCUACCGGUAUGACGAAACAAUAUCAACUCGAAACUUCUUGUGCAUGUUUCUCUCUUUGGCGCACAAAACCAAUCGAUCAGCCAACACAGUACUGGAAGAAUGCACAUUAUAUUACUACAUUCCUUUAUUCAUUUUGUAAGUUCUAAGAAUAGGCCCUGAAUGAUUCAAUC